UCUAUUUCUUCUGUCAUAAAAAUAACCUCAAACAAAUCCUUCUGACUGAAUUUUAUUUUUAACAAACAUAAAUUGUGAAUUUUAUUGCGUAAAACUACACAAUUAAUAUUUGAAGUAUUUCAGUUACUUCUGUAAGAUAAAAUGUCCGAUCAAAAUGUCGCGUCUGCCCCGGCCUCCGCCGCCCAGUCCGCCACCAGUGUGGCUGAAGAGCAGCGCUCUGGAAGUGUUGCUGGUUCAGGUGCCGUAAGUGGUUCCGUGGCCUCCGAGGAGAAAGUAUACGGAGGCUGUGAAGGCCCAGAUGCCAUGUACGUGAAGCUGGUCUCCUCUGACGGUCACGAGUUCAUCGUCAAGAGGGAGCACGCUCUCACAUCAGGCACUAUCAAGGCUAUGUUGAGUGGACCCGGACAAUUUGCGGAGAACGAAGCAAACGAGGUCAACUUUAGGGAGAUUCCGUCGCAUGUCCUGCAAAAAGUGUGCAUGUACUUCACAUACAAGGUCCGCUACACAAACUCUUCCACCGAAAUCCCUGAGUUCCCGAUCGCCCCCGAAAUCGCUCUGGAACUGUUGAUGGCUGCUAACUUCUUGGACUGCUAAACGUAUGGGCAAGACGGAGUGAGUUUGCAAUUUGUAUGAGUUGAUUAUACGUCACUACAACGGUAUAGAUCGUUUUAUCCACGAAGACGCGCCCCACCAUUCUUCCGCUAAUGUUUGAGUGUUAUCGGUACACGCUAAAUCAUCCAUGACUUCACACGCAAACUACAAUAAUGACGC